CGAAUGGAUUAAAUCUAUUUUUAGUGCUUUAUAAGACGACACACAGGUGAUUUUGAUUUUAAUAAGUUGUGGGUUUUUCCCGAUGACGGACCUCACAGGAACCUAAAAGCAAACAUAAAGUAAACAAAACAGACUUUGUGGACAAGUGGAUCGUUAAAUUUAUUUAGGAUUUAAACGCUAUAAGACUGCUGUUGUAAAGCCUAUACAGCUGGAUGUUAAACACAUUAAAAGCGCCUUUAUGGGACACGGAGGCGAUUUUAACACAAUGACAACGUCCGUUAGUAGAGCAAGUGUCACACGGCACCCUACGGUGCCGAUGUCGAGGCCAGAAUCGGUGACAUCCCCUUUGAGGAAGCUCUCAUUUUUCUCCCCCGGAUCGAGUGGGACAAACGGAACUGUACAUCACAAAACUGGGGACAAUGUCACGCAGGUUAAUACUCAUUCGCAAAUGAUCGCUGGAAAAAAACGCUCUCCAAAGGAGCUGAAGCGCCGGAACUCUUACAGACUUGCGCUUAACAGACAAUCAGCGGCAGACGAACUCGACAAAGAUGGAAACGCGCGACAUUCAAAGACAGAUCUGGAUUUAGAGACUUCUAAAUGCAGUGACGUCACCAUUUCACGUGGUGACUGCAGGAAAAAAUACAACACCCUCCCGAUCAAGCCGGGGUCUCUUUCUAAUGAUCCAGUGGUAGCGAAUUCGAGUGACGUUCUUUCAGAAAAAUUAGACAAUAAAAGUAGGACAUUCAACCGAAACUGGUCUCAAAAGUCCGGGUCCUAUCCUUCUCCGGAUACUGACGAGGACCGAGGGUUAAUGGCGUCUCCAAGAAAAAAGAAAUCUAGAUUUAGGCGAUUCAAAGAACGGCUGAUAGAAAGUUUUAGACGAGAUCGUGAUCACGUAAAUGACUUUGAAAAAUCUCAAAAUGGUGCCCCUCAUAUAAUUCACAAAGGUCAUACUCAUAAAGUAAAGCCGAGUCAUCCGGUCGCCAGCUCGGCCUAUAAUACCCCGGAUGAUGAAAAUGCAGUAGCUUACGUUGGACAUGGAGACAAUCGUGCUCGGCUGAGUAAUGCUGCACCGGAGAUGGAAAUUUCUUCUGGCGGACCGAGUGGCGACAGCGGCGCUAAAGGCGACAAGAGUCCUAGCCUUUUCAAAAGAUUUCGAAAUAGCUUCAGAACUUCGAAAAAAAAACCGAAUGUGCAGCAAGAUAUAAAGUUUGUUCUGACAGAGAUACAGGAGGUAUGCCCGGCAACACCGUCAACAGAAGUGAUACCAGAAAGCACGCAUCCGUCCCUUGAAGAUCUACCACAAAAAGAUGAUAUCACAGACCUUUUCCAGGAAAUCAUUGAGUGUGUGCCAACUCGAAAACCUGACCGUUCAAAGUUACGUUUAGAAGGUUUAGUGACAGCUAAACCAGUCAGCUUUGAUUUAUCACCCGAUGUUGAAACUGACGGCGGUCGGGGCCAUGACGUCACAGAUGGACCAACAUUACCGACGAUCGGGUUGGACGAAGAUGUAGAGGACGAAUCAGACGGCGGAAUCGCCGAUCAAAAAGACAAUCAGCGUGCUUGCAAUGACAUCGCAGACAGGCUAAAAGCCAUCGGUGAUUAUAUUGUGAACAAGAAAUUGUCCGAGUCAGAAUCAGAAGCGGGCAGCUUCCGAACCAGGCGACGACCUUCAAGUUUGGAGUUGGACAUUAUCAGACAACUGCGAGAGGUUGCCGACACUCAUCCUGUCUUCAAAUCCGAACGGGCCCAGCCAAGUGUCCAAUUACUGCCGCUUAUUGCACCGGCCAUAAAAAGCCUCCUUAAGGCGCCAACGUACGAGGAGUUCAAGCAGGCUGUGAGCCGGGAACUGGCCGACACUGUCGGAUGGGAGCAGGUGGCGUGGUACACUUACCUUGUCCAGACGUCCAUGCUGGCGGUCAAGGGGGGAAUCUCGGCUGGUCAGUCCUUGAAGAACUAUGCCACCCGAUAUUUCCGCUCAAACAUUCGGCCGUGGAUACUGGAUAGGCCAAACGGAUGGGAAUCCAUAUACGAAGAGACGGAUGUUGAUACAGAACUUGACUAGAAAGCAUGCUGCUGAACCCCGAAUACAGCCAAGGACUUAAGGCAACGGUAUUAUUUGGAAAGAUCUCUCUGUGCAUGAUCUAGGCAUAAUAAAGAAAUAAAUGUGCUACGUGUGCCAACCUGACAGUCAGUUGUAUUUGACAUUUGGCAGAAACAGAGAAUAAGGCAAUGCAAUUGUGCGUUUGGCGUUCACAAACCUCACGGGAAUCAGCAUGAAUCAUACUAUCAACUUUGAACAUGAAGUGGUAUGACAUGGUAUUAUAUGGUACAUAAACGCUUGGCCACACUCCAUAGGCAAUGAUUUGGAACCGGGUACACAUGAUUCAGUGAGAAUGCUUGUGCAAGAGCGUAUUUGUAUGUUUAAAUAGUAUAUUUUGUUACGGAUUUAUCAUGAUUCAGUGCAACAGCAUUACAUGGUGUAAAGGACUGUAGGUAGAAACUUCGCGGCAAUGCUUUUGUACAGGCAAUAACAGGUUGAAAUAAUGCGCAAAGGUCCAAAAUACAGUAACAUUUUUACUUACGAUAAUUGUCAACAUACAUUUAGGUCAAGUGACGGCAAUCAUUUAUUUUGCAUUACAUAUCGGGUAAGACAAGGGAUUUUUGUCCCUGUUAAUGCUACGGGUAUACUGCAUUAAUAAUUUCUAUUUUUAUAUUUUGAGUUAUCGUGAUCACCUGAUAGUGCUAUAUAAUUGACAUUCUCAUAAAUGUGUCAUCAAAAAGUGGAAAUACCGCUUCAGCUUUAAGUAAACAGUUAGGUAAUGCAAAUACACAUGCAGUAUAUAAUGUAAUGAAAUCAAACAGCCUGCACAAACGGAAGGUACGUUAUCGAAUGAGAUCACAUAUUAAUGUACGAGUACAUAGCAAAUAGACCACAUCGGUAUCCAUUCACACCGAUGUAAAAUUCUUAUCCAAGGAAAUCGAGACUUUUAACAAUAACAUUUUUUUGUUUCGUUUGCUGACGCAUCUUACAUAUGAUUCAAUGUCAUACGGUUUGAGACAAGGAAGAUUGUGGUUUUCAAAUAUUCACCUUACUUUUAUAUCUAUAUUUAGAUUUAAACAAAUCAAACCUUUAAUCAAAUCUUGCAUAAAACAUGUGCGCACUUAAAUGACGUGGACACCUAUGGUAGAAAAAAAACUAUAGACAAUCUCAAUUAAGUGCACGUGACUAUCUUUGAUCAAUGUCCUUAUCAAAUCCAUGUAUACCUUAACGAAACUGCAUUAAGUGCAAGUCAGUGAGAUCAGAGUCUUUGUUCAAACUUAUAUAGAAACCGCAGUGACCAGUUUGUUGCCUAUUUAAUAGGAAUGGCUGAAAUCGUUCAUACACCCCAGGCACAUCAGUGCUUAGUUAUUGAUUAGAGGUUACAUUCUUUGUUCCUGUUUAUGAUGACACACAAUUACAAAUAUUCAGUCUGAACUUUUUUAUGUUUGAAAAACGAUAUUUACAUUGAUGAUACAGCCACUAGACAGGUAGAUGAGUGUUUAAUUAUUGAUUGCAGGCAUUAUUUAUAACAUGAUGAUGUUAUCAGGGUCUUCACCUGUGAGUAGUAUUAUUACAUGCUGACAUCAUGCUGUUUAGACAGACUUCACUUGCUUCGGCCAGUAUAUCGGUUAAGAUAUUAUGUAUGAUUCAACUGUGUUUGUUUGUUAUUAAUAAUUGAAUUAUGAAAGUAAAUGUUUGCAACAAGCAUGUUUAUAAAUAAACUAAAUAUGAUAUUAAGGCCAAAAAGAAACCUAGUAGUUUUAUCACUUUUAUUCGGAAUUAAUGUACUUGUCAGAUAGUUGAUGUCAUAAUAAUGUCACCUUGUGCUCUUGUUUUGACAUUUAAACACGUAUAGUAAGCGAAUUCAUUGAAUCUUGAUAAAUGUUCUUUGCCAGUCAUACUUUAAUCUUUUAAACUUCCUGUUUCGUUUUUAUGAAGAUUUUGAGAAAGGAAAUGUUCGGCCUCCCGUAUAUUAAAUAACAUGUGCAUUACACAAUCAUUUACGACGGUAGGUUUUAUCGUUCUAGAUUGUCUUAGUCGUUCGUAUUAUGCAUUAGAGUUUGACGCAUAAUUAUAAUGCAUAUUAUACAUGAUAGCAAUACGAUUCCCAUUCAUGACACACUAUCUUAUAUUCGAUUUCAUGUGCUAAUAUGCCCAAAAGGCUGAGUUAUGUUUUAGCAUUAGCUAAUAUUUAUUAUAAACCACUUUACUGGCAUUUACAGGUAUGCCAGUCUAAGGCCUUAAAAAGGAAACUCGUUUUAUUUACAAGAUCUUUCAAUGUUUAUCUUUGCUUUAUAUCUUCAUACAGUGUAUGUAAUUGCACUCUAAUCAUUGUUACUGUUAACUGUUCUAGAGGAUAAGGGUUGCGUAGCUUUAACUAUCGUUUAUUAAUAACUUAUCCGGUGGACAUUUUUUCUGAGUUUUUGUUAUAUAAUUGGCUAGAUACAGCAGAACUUGUAUUUGACUCUCGCUAUGGGAAAACAGGGCUUAAUGCACGUGCGUUAAGUGUCGUAACAGAUCAGCCUGUGAAGUCCGCACAUGAUAAUAAGGAUUGACACUUUCAGCUUUUAUGUGAUUUUUUGUUUAAAGGAAGUCUCUGCUUAACAAAAAACAGUAUAGGCCGAAAGGGUCGUCUCUGAUAAGCCUGUGCGGACUGCACAGCCUAAUCUGGGACGACACUUUAAAGACAUACAUUAAGCCUGUUUUUUCCAAGGACGACUUCGACUUAUAGAUCUGUAUGAAUGUGAUAGGGAUCAUUCACCAUUGAUUACACUGGUCAACUACUUCAAAAUGCGUUUUUGUUACUAAUAGUGCCUUGAGCUUUUCUUCAUUAAAUGGAUGUUGAUAUGAAAAUGAAAAUUAUGCAAACAUUUAUCAUGUCUUCAAAUUUAUUAAUUCCUGGAACAGUUUUCAGAUGUACUAUUGUAUGAUCUCAUUUAUAAUAUAUUGCUCAUCAACUGUGUUAACCUAAGAGUUUGAUAAUACUUUUGUUAAUUUUAUGUUCAUGUUAUUGUGUUCAUUUCAAACUAUAAUUAUAUUUGUAUUUCUUGCUGUUCAAUA